CAACUCGCGAGCCCCCCGAAAGCACCGCCCGCUCCCACACCCGGCACGAGGCGGAGGCACCCACACCCACUCCGGUCACCCAACUUGACUCGCCCUCCCCCUACCUCCGUCGCUCUUCCCGUGAAACCCUCCAGGAUCCAACGAAAAAGGCGAAAUCUCCGAACCACACCGCCAUAAUCACACACGCCAACCGGCGGCCCAGGGCCGGCUUUCCCCCCUGGUUCCCUCCUCAAAUGGCCUAGCGGAGGCGGGUGUCUCUUUUCUUUCCCCUCGCGUCGCGCCUCAGUGAGGGCAAGGUAGAGUGGCACUGGGAAAGACGCGCGCCGUGCCGCCUCGCAAUGCCCGCUCCCGACCGUGCCACGGCGGGGGGCGGUGCCGGGGGCCACUUCCGCGGCCACGCGCACCUCACCAACUGCAUCCACCUGCGCCACCACCACGCGCACGCGCACGCGGGAGCGGGAGGCGCGUCGUCGUCGGGCCGGAGGCGGAGCCCGGCGUCCGCGUCGCUGAUGCGCGACCUUCUCGCGCUGCAGCGCUCGCGAUCGCUCCGGGACCCGUCCACGCGCCGCUCCGUCGAGUCGUCCAGGGUGGCGGCCGACCCCGACGAUGGCACCGACGACGACGACGACGACGACGCCGAUCUCCCCGCCAAGUCCCGCCGCAGCGCCGGGGCGCUCAAGACGCUCCUGGACCAGCUAGCCGAGAACCCCCAUCCGAAGCCCGGCCGCCGCCCGCCCCGCCGGUUCAAACGUCGGGCAGGCCGCCGCGCCGCCGCUGCCAGCAAGCCUCCAGACCGCGCGGCCGCGCUCUCCGUCAACUCCAGCUCCCAGGAGGCCGUCUGCGGCAACAAAUACCUGUUCCAUGGCGGCGGCGGCGGCGACGACGACGGCGAUGGCGUGGUGGAGCUGCAGCAGCAUUUGCCGCAGGACUCGCGCAACGUCUGUGGCAUUCCAUGGAACUGGUCGCGUCUGCACCACCGGGGCAAGUCUAUCCUCGACAUGGCCGGCCGCAGCCUUUCGUGCGGCCUCUCCGACUCCAAGUCGGCGGCGGGGCGAAAGUCCGAAGCGCCCGCCGCCUCAGGUGUCCGUCCCCUUUUCCCCGUUAAGUCCGAGAGGCUGGCUUCGUCGACCAGUUCGGACUCGGACGCGCUGCCCCUGCUUGUUGAGGAGGCUGCCACCUCCGGUGCUCGCAAACGCAUUGGCGUCAUUUCUUCUGGAAGCUACUCCGGAGAGCUUGGGAUUUUCUCUAACCAGACAAGCGAGAUGGACUCCGACCUGCUGUCUGAGUCUCAGUCGGGGCACAAGUCACUGGCCUCGCGCUCGCAGCAUGGCCGUGGGCGUCAUCGUAGCCUGACACAGAAGUUCGCACCAAAGACGUUCAAAGACGUUGUUGGCCAGAGCUUGGUGGUGCAGGCGCUGUCCAACGCCAUCCUGAGGAGGAAGAUUGGGUUGGUGUAUGUAUUCUAUGGUCCGCACGGCACGGGCAAGACUUCGUGCGCCCGUGUCUUUGCCAAGGCGCUCAAUUGCCUCUCCUCUGAGCACCCCAGGCCCUGUGACUCAUGCACGUCGUGCAUUGCUCACAAUCUCGGCAAGAGCAGGAGCCUGAUGGAGAUUGGGCCGGUUGGCAACAUCGACAUGGAGGGCAUUGUGGACGUCCUCGAUAAUGUGAUGCUUUCACCUGCACCAUCACACUACAGGGUGUUUAUAUUUGAUGACUGUGAUACUCUGCCAGCUGACACUUGGAGUGCUAUCUCAAAAGUUGUGGACCGGGCACCCCGUCGAGUUGUGUUUAUCCUUGUCAGUCCAAACCUUGAACUUCCUCACAUCAUCCUGUCGAGAUGCCAGAAGUUCUUUUUCCCAAAGCUGAGGGAGUCCGACAUUGUCAAUACAUUGCAGUGGAUUUGCACCAGCGAGAGUCUAGAUGUUGAUAAAGAUGCAAUGAAGCUAAUUGCAUCUCGUUCCGAUGGAUCUUUGAGGGAUGCCGAGAUGACUCUUGAUCAACUCAGUUUGCUUGGACAAAGGAUUUCCUUGUCUCUUGUCCAAGAAUUGGUUGGUCUGGUGUCUGAUGAUAAACUGGUCGAUUUGCUUGAUUUGGCUCUAUCUGCCGACAUGGUGAACACAGUGAAGACACUACGAGACAUCACAGAAACCGGCGUUGAGCCUUUAGCACUGAUGUCUCAGCUUGCCACAAUAAUUACUGAUAUUCUUGCUGGUUCGUAUGCAUUUACUCGAGAAAGGCCCAGGAGAAAGUUCUUCAAACGUCCUACCUUGUCAAAGGAAGAUAUGGAAAAACUACGUCAGGCCUUGAAAACACUAUCUGAAGCUGAAAAGCAGUUGAGGGUUUCUAGUGACAAGACAACCUGGCUUACAGCUGCUCUGCUUCAGCUUGCUCCUGAUAAGCAGUACCUGCUGCCUAGUUCAUCAACUAGUACAAGUUUGAACCAUGGUGUGCUGGUUGGUCCCUUUCCUGAUAGGGGUGUAGGGAGGGCCCCAGCAGUUGAGAAUAAAGGUAACCUGGCAGGCACGUCUUAUGGGGAAAAGAGAACUGUUGAACACACAGAAAAUGGUCAUGUGUUGUCAACCAGUUCUGUCAGAGCAAAUGAGGGAACUAAACUCAGAAAAGCGGAAAAUGAAAUGGUCUGGCAAGCUGUGCUUGAGAGUAUCCAAUCAGAUACAUUGAGAAAAAUGAUGGCUAAAGAGGCCAGGCUAAACUCUAUCAGCCUUGGAACAGAACCAACAGUGCAACUAAUAAUUAGCUCACAUAUCAGUAAGUCCAAAGCCGAAAACUACAGAGCUCAGAUUCUGCAGGCAUUUGAGUCCGUUCUUCGUUCUGCUAUAAUACUUGAAAUUCGAUAUGAAUCAAAGAAUGAUGCAAAACCAGGUCAUACUCCAUCAAUGUUUCCUUACCCUGAGAAUGACUCGACACUGAGGAGGUCCUUUACUAAACAUAGUCCACUCUCUUCUGGAGGUGAGAUUCUAAUUUCGAGGUUUAAAAAGGAUAGUGUUGUGAAGGGAGCUAACUCUAGUAAGACUAGAUGGAUGCAAUCUGAUCCCCACAUAUUAACAGAAGGUGAAAUAAUUGAAGUUGGACCUUCUCGCAUGCAUUGGCAUGCUCAAACAAAUAAUGAUGUUCUUGACGUAAAUGAAAGAAGAAAGGAGAACACAUGGGAGGAAGAAACUUCGUCAUCACCAAACCAAGAGAGCGUGACUAAUCCAAAAGGAAGAAAUGGGAACAGACAGAAUCGACAGAACAGCAUAGUAAGAGGAAAGGUAUCUCUUGCUCAUGUUAUUGGGAGGGCUGAAGCUUGUUCUCAGCGAGGAGGCUGGUCUAGACGAAAAGCUAUAUCGAUUGCUGAAAAGCUAGAGCAAGAGAAUUUGAGGAUGGAGCCUAAAUCGAGUCUACUUUGUUGGAGAACCUCAAGGACUCGUCGGAAGCUCUCUUCAAUUAAGGUCAGGAAUCGAAGAUCACGCACCAUAUCAAGGCUCAUAUUGUGUGGAAGAUGCAUUUCGACCAAAUCUCCAAGAUAGAAGAAUUUGAAUCGUAGAAUUUGCAACCUGUUAACUUAGCAUUCAUAAUUUAUUCUGUCUGUACCUUGUAGGCUGUAGCCGUGUCAGUUUGUAGAUCCUUCUCUCUCUCUCUCUCUCUCUCUCUCAAUUCUGUAUAUUUCUUGACAUGUAAAAAACGACGAUAGAAGUGACAUAGUAAAUUCUUCUUUCAAAAUGCUCUGUAAUUUUUUUAUAGGAAGACUAGAAUAAAAACUUUGUAUUCGGAAGUCUCUGAUAAUUGAUAAAUGUCCUUAGUCUCCA